AGAAACUCAGAGGAGCGUUGGGGAUUUUUAGGGGCUGGACUAGCUGUAGUGUGGUGUGUGUUAGUGGACUCAGGACUCCUCUCCAGGCCAGACUCAGAGUACCUCCAACCGAAGCAGCAGCAGCAGCAGCACAUCCGCGUACUACCGUAGCCAAACCUAAGCAGCAGUCAGGAUGGCCACGGCAAGCACCUCAGGUCUCUCAGGACUGGGCAGGAAGAAGAAGGCCCCUGGCCUCCUGGACCAGAUCGGCAAGUUCUUUGGAGUGGACAAGAAGAAGAGAGCCAAGGGGUCCUUCCGUGGUCACUCAUCGUCACCCCAGAGGCCUCAUUCAUCCCGUCGCCGUGCCGAUGAGAACGUGGUGGUACACUUCUUCAGGAGCUUUGUGUCCUCCUCAUCCCCCCGCCCAAAGUCUAGGUGGAGAGAACUCAUUGAAGGUUUGGGGGUCGCUAAAUCCACACCGGCGGCUGCGCAGAGUCUCCGAUCGCCCCGCAGAAGAAGACGCGACCAGACCAACACACUCUCCAGAAUCUUCAACCUGGAGAGCCGAUCCCGCUCGCCUCCCAAACGCUGGAGCACCAUCUUCUGAGCCCACAGCAGACAAUAGGGAACUGGAGGAAGGGCAGAGCGAGCACAGAGGAGGCCAUGCUGAUGGAGAUAACCAGGUGGAAGAGGAGAGGGAGAAGGAGCAGAAGAAGAAGAAGACGAACAAAGACGGCUGUUUGACCGAUGCCAGUUUUGAAGAGAUUAACCGACUAACUCACUCCGCCUCCACCACUGCAUGUUUUUCUAAAGGGACACAAUCUAAGCAGUCAAUAAUAACAGAGUGAAAAAUAGGAAAAGCUGUUUUUGUCCAUGCUUAGAGGUAAAUACAUGGUACACUAGUGCUAGCCCACCUACAUUCAUUCUUUCAUAAGCCACAACGUACUGUAUUUAUUUUGACAUAUAGGGCCUAGAUGUUUGCUGUGUUCUUUAGGUGAAGUUUGAAGUGUUGGAAAAGAAAAAGAAAAAGAAGAAGAAAAAAUAUGUCCCAAAUAUCUUUCAAGUUUAGAAGUUUCAGUCUCUGUGGAUGUCCAUAACUACAUGCAUCAUGUAUUUAUUACAAUAUAUUCUAUUCAUCCCUCAGCUAACUUUGGUACAAAAUAUCACCACCAAGAACCACCAGAUGCCAUUGUGAGAAACUAAAAAAUGAUUUCCUUUAUAAAAAAUAUUUCCAAACUUAAUAUUAUGAAGUGACCAGCCAGUAUGCAUAAAUAUGCUUCAAUUUACAGUAUCUUGUCUCAGUCUCAAUCUGGAAAAUCUUGACAUUUUUGUGAGUGUCUCUGUGUAUAUGUGUGUACGCGUGUGAAUGUUGUCUCCAAAGACCUAUUCUGUUAUGGCCUUGUGUGGGCUCUUUAAAGAAAAUGAGCGCAGCAGUUAUAUUCUUUAAAAUGUUCGUUUUUUUGUUUUGUUUUUUUACAGCUAUGCCGUACUGUUUGUUUAAUACCCUGAAAUAUAUCAUAUCCGAUUUAACUGUAAUUUAUAGAGUGUUAUAACAAAAUAACACUGCAUGAACAUUGACCUUUCACUGAUGUGCUGAUACAAAAAGGCCUGCACGGUGCACUAAAUGAAAACUGUACACUUUUCACUGUUCAGACUACUCUGCAGGGAAUUCAACCAAAGCAUCAAACCAUCAUCAUGCACAAUGACAUGGUUAAAUGCUUUAGCCGAAUUCCCAUUUUUUGUUAUAACUAGUUUAAAUAUCUUUAUACGUAUCUGUAUCCGUUCAUUAUAGGUUGUGGAGUUGUUUUGAUUAACUAGUACUAUUUUAUCAAUUUGAAAGCAUAAACAAGUGGUUUAAUGGUGGUAACCAAAAUAAGCAUGAGGGUAAAGUAAGUGAAUACUGUUGAGAGAGUUAGUGAGAGAAAGAGAGAAAUGUGUUUUAAUUGAGAAAAUGACAGCAUGCAGCUCUGAUGCAGUUUUAUAUUUGUCCUUGCAUGUACCAUUAUUUCGUCCUGUGGUUGUUGUUUGGUUUUUAAUCUCCAUGUAUUGCCAUAUGUGAUCCUUCUCAAUUAGUUAAUUAGUUUUUUAUAUAAAAAUCUAAAUUGUUAUAUAAAUAUAUGUAUGUAAGUGUCAAAUCUGUUUUAAACAUGGUGCUAGCGAUGCAGCGUACAAAAAUGCAAACAUAGAUAUAUAGCAUUGACUGUAUUAUCCCUUUGUACAUGUCAUAGUGUCACAACUUCAACCAGUCACCUAAUGUGCUGCUUAACUUGAAAUAAAGAUUUGGAACAUG